UGGCAUUCCUUUGCAGGCAAAAGGGUUAUAUUCGUCUCGUUCUCAAGUAUAUCCCUUCCCAGCCGAACGCAUCCGCAUCUCCUUCUGCCAUGCAUUCCUCAACAGCAGCAGCAGCAGCAGCAGCAGCAGCACCAGGAGCUGCAGCAGCAGCAGGAGCAGGAACAGCAGCAGGAGGAGCAGCAGGAGCAGCAAGAGCACGUGUUCCCCUCCCUGACCACUACACCUCAUCACCACGGCAGCAGCCCUCUCAACCCCCCGCCUUUCCUCCACCCCAAUCACUCUAUCCCCCUCCGCCACAGCCAGUUUCUGAGCCAGCUCAAUUACCAGACCAGAACCAUCUGUACCCAUCCCCUUACCCCUCUCUGCCACACAGCCCGUGUUCCCAGCCACCCUCCUCCCCUUCCUUCCACACCCAGUCCCCCUCCCACUCGUCCCACCUUUCCUCCUCAUCAGACUCCCCAUCCUCCUCGUUCCACAGCCAGUACUCAUCCUCAGACUCGUCUUUCUCCUUCCAGCACCAGGAGUCGGCACCUAGUCGUCUCUACCCUCCUUCUCCUCUCGCUCCUUCCCCUCUUGGUGCUCCUGGUGCUGGUGCUGGUGCUGGGGCAGUCCCUUCCCCACCCCGCUCCCCUCCACCCACUCACCCCUACAACUACCCCCCUCAGCCCACAGCAACUCCACUCCCCUCCGCUCCUCUCACACACCCCUACAGCUGCCCCCGCCAGCCCACAGCAACACAGGUAUCCCAAGCCCAACACCACUCCCCAGGAGCAGGAGUGGGGUCAUUUGAGCAUACAAUGGGGGGUGCAGCAGCACACUCAAGGGGGGAUGCAGCAGCACACUCAAGGGGGGAUGCAGCAGCCGUUGCAGCAGUUGGGGCGGCCAUGGGUGAUCUUGCAAUUGGUGGUGCUUCAGAAGCAGGAGGAGGAGCAGCAUCACCAGCAGCAGCACCACCUGUCCACCACCCUCCUCCCCAGCCUCCAUCCCAAAACCCAUAUCCUCCCCCAUCCUCUUCCUCCUCUCAAGGCGCCUAUCCCCCUUCCUCUCAAAACGCGUAUCCUCCUCCUCCCUCCUCUCAAGGCUCUUAUCCUCCUCCCCCACCUCCUUCCCAGUCCGCAUAUCCUCCCCCUCCCGCUCCCUCUCAAUCCGCAUAUCCUCCCCCCCCAUCUCAGAGCGCUUACCCUCCCACCCCUUACGGUUACCCCCCUUCUUCUCAAAACCCUCCUUACGGAUAUCCCGGUUACCCCCCACCUUCUCAAGCUCCCCCCUAUGGGUAUCCCUACGCUCCUCCUCCUGCGUCUUAUGGCCAUCCUCCUCCUCCUGCUUCCUACGCCCCUCCUCCGGCCCCGUAUGGCUAUGGUGCGGCCCCUUGGGGGUAUUACUCUCACUAG